AUGAAGCCCACAGAUGCCGGCACUGACAACAACACACACGCAGCAUCGGUAUUUGACUGGGCUGAGCGAGAGAUGCGCCUGGUCGUCUCUCUCGAGGACUUCCUGCAUGCCUGGGCGGAGGGGGAUCGAGAAGGUGGCCGAGCGAAGGCGGCGUCGUCGUCUGCGGCUAUAGAAGCGGCGGUUGCCCGAGAGGAUGAGCGGCAGCAUCACCCCGGUGCACAUCCGAAUCCAAUCCUCUGUGCGAGUGGCCUUGAUGCGGCGUCGCUCGCAACUGCUCGAAUCGCGUCAGCGCCGUCCACGUCCACCUUGGCCAACGAGUAUCUUGCCGCGCUACCUCCCCGCCUUCCAGCCCCUCCUCCACGCAGCUUUAGACCCAAUGAGAUGAUGCCUGGGGUCUACCUCGGGUCGUGGAGCGACAUUGGCACCGAUAUACUCGAACUAGCACGACGUCUUCGUAGUGUGUCGACCGGCUCGCACAAGUCCUCAUUGUGUACCGCCCCUCACUCGUGGCAGCGCCUGGUGCUACUCGUGCGCGCCUGCCCAGUGAAGGGGUUGGUCGCGCCGCGACUGGAGCUGCGCGUGACGCGGCGUCGAGAGGGCGUGCGCCGCCUUUGCCCCUCCACCGAAAAAGUGUCCCCUGCGCCCUCCACCAAGGCUGCUGCAGCCCGCCUGCUGCAGCCGCCGUCACAACGGCCGCCUGCCAUGCACAGCCGGAAGCGCCCCGGCGCGGCCACAACGGCGGUGCCGGCUGACGAGGACGUCGUGGUGGCGCACAUGUCACUCAGUGAGGUGUACAAGCGUGUGUGUGCGGCGGUGUCAACGACGACGGCGGACACGGUGUCUGACGCCAGCGUCAUCUGCGCAGAAGCCACGGCUUCGAGCAAAGACGAGGGUUAUUACCACUCAGGCUCUAUCACCGGCGCCUCCCCAAGCACCACACCAUCGGGUGUCAGCAGAGUUGCCAGGUGGCUCUGUCCAGACUCGCCGCUCAUAUCGCCGUCGCGGAGUGCGUCACCGGCUAGCUCAACAGCCGCUGACGUCCCGUCCGGCUGCACGUUGGCGGACUGGCAUGUUUUUGUGCGAGCAAUGCAGGGUGUGUUGCUAGAGGAGGCGCCGGCGCACACACCGGCGGGCGCCGCACUGAGUAAUGAAGAGAUAGCCGAGACUACCGAAGCGGACCACGGCCCUUGCUCAGCGACGGUGGCGGAGCUGCGCUACUGGCGCCUCACUCUACCAAUUCUCGACUCCCCUGGAACUCGCCUGCUGCACUACACUCCCAUGACGAGUCUAAUCAUGCGUGCUGCGCUGACACUGGAGGAGAACCCGCAGGGACGUGCGUGGCUGCAAGGUCAGCAGCAGCGGCGGGAGUUGGUCAGCAACAAUGCCCCUGCAGGCAGCAGCCAUGCUAUGGUGGACGUUGCCAGCGAAGGUGGCGCGUGUGGGGAAGUCGGUGCUUGCGGCACCGAAGCGAGAGUCUUUCCAUGCGCGGCUGUGCACUGCCAGGCCGGCAAGUCACGCUCUGUCACCUUCGUGGCCGCCUUCCUCAUGCAGGAAUGGAUGUGGUGGUACCGUGGGUGCUCUCCCCCGAAUACUGCAGGUGCGGGCACUAGUACAGCAGAGCAGCAGAAGGAACAACGUGGUCGGCAAGGCAGCAUCGCGCGGCGCCUCGUGGACACCGUCCUGUCGUACCUGCGCCGUCGGCGCCUGUGCAUCGACAUCAACCUCGGCUUUGACACACAGCUGUGGGAGAUGAUGUGCGGCUUCGUGCGGGGUCUCUGA